AUGUCUUCUGCACCUCCCGAACUAAAGUACAUUUCUACUACCGUUGACAACGGUAUUGCAAUCCUGAAGUACAACCGGCCGGAGGCGGGCAAUGCACUAAGUAACGGAGUGUUCAAGGAUCUGCUCGCCUCGACAGAAUGGGCUCUUUCCAAUGAUGAGGUCAGAGUCGUCGUGCAAACGGGGGAGGGGAAAUUCUUCACUACAGGCAUGGAUCUUGAAGCGGCUGUCACGCCAGCUGCCGACAAGCCCACGACGGUCCUUCCUGAGGACAGCAUCGUUAUUCUUGGCAAAUACCACGAACUCCUAAUCAACACCAACAAGAUCCUCAUCGCCGCCGUCAACGGCCCCGGCAUCGGCUACGGCACCAGCAGCAUUGCGCUGUUCGACCUCGUCUACGCCGUGCCGGAGGCUUAUUUCUUCACGCCGUUCGUCAAAUGGGGUCUGUGCGCCGAGGCCUGUUCCAGCGUGACCUUCUCACGCAUCAUGGGCCGCCAGAAAGCGGCAGCGCUGCUACUCGCCGACGAGCGACUGACGGCCGCAGAACUCGAGCGGGCGGGACUGAUCACGAAGAUCAUCCCCGCCAGGAAUUUCAUCCCGGAUGUCCUGCGGAUUGCCCAGAGGAUCGCGCGCUUACCGCCUAGGUCGCUCGCUUUCAACAAGGAGCUGAUGAUGAAACCGCUCAAGCAGGAAUUGCUCGGUGCUAAUGAGGCAGAACUCGCCGGGCUAAGGUUGCGUGCUGCGGAUUCAGAACCAGGCAAUGCGAUGAAGGCUUUCGUCUUGGACCAGGAAAGGAAGAGGAAGGAGAAGACGGCGAAACAUUCUCACCUGUGA